AGAUAUCGGCAAGAUGCCAGCGAUUAGCGACCAGGAUAUGAAUGCUUAUCUAGCCGAGCAGUCGCGCAUGCACAUGAAUGAGUUCAACACUAUGAGCGCACUCUCCGAGAUCUACUCGUAUGUGGGCAAGUACAGCGAAGAGAUCCUUGGAGCCCUCAGUCAGGACGACCAAGCCGGAAAGCAGAAGCUUACCUACAAACUUGAACAAGUUAUAACCCUCAUGAGCAUAGACAGCUGAGAACUUGCCCCGCUUAGAGGGACUUUCCAGGAGGGAUCGACACAAAACAAAUGAACAAAAAAAGAACUUUCACACACACACACACACACACACACACACACAAAUACAAAAAAAAAACCAAGCCGUGCCUCAGUUCAG